AUGGAACCAAAAUGUUCAAAACGUUCGCAGGAUAUUGUUUCCAUAGAAGAAGAAAAUGCUCUUAUUAGGGCCGCUACUUAUAACGAAGACAACGAAGAAUUAGAAUUUGCUUUAUUCAAUGACAAACCAGACUUUUCUCCCCAUGCCUUGAAACACUACUUUGGAACGAGAUUUUCAACACUCAUGGAUUUACCUGUACAUCACAGAGAGGAAGGGUGGUUUCACGUGCUUAAUCCCAUCCAUGGAUUCAGAGAAAUGACAGCAAGCAAUUGGAAUUUCUGUUUGUUGGGGUUCUUUGCUUGGGCUCUUGAUGCAAUGGAUUUCUUCUGUGUAUCCGUCGCUGUUCCCGAGAUUGCUGAUACUUUACAAGUCUCAGUUACUGCGGUUUCAUGGGGAGUCACACUUGCUCUUAUGCUUAGAUCUGUGGGAGCUCUUAUAUUUGGUCUUGCUUCAGAUUAUAUUGGAAGAAAAUGGUCAUAUAUUAUAAUUGCCGGUUUAUUCAUUGUUGUUGAGGUUGGUACUGGACUUGUGCAAACAUAUAAUCAAUUCUUGGGUGUUAGGGCUUUGUUUGGUGUCCUCAUGGGUAGUAUGUAUCCUGUUGCUAUGGUGACUGCAAUAGAAGGACAACCCCCACAAGCUAGGUCAUUCAUUUCUGGGAUGUUUCCAGGAGGUUACACUCUCGGAUAUAACUUUGCCAUUAUUUUCUAUUUGGCCUUUGAGAAUACUUACAAGGUAGGAGAAGGAUGGAGAGCACUUUUCUGGUUCUCUGGUGGGUUAUCAGCUAUAUUAAUUGUUUGGAGAUUAUUUACUCCCGAAUCCCCCGAAUACCUUAAAAUCCAACAAAAGAAGAAGAAAUUCAAUGAAGGAAUUGAAAGUGGCAGUGGUAUAUUCCUGAAGUUUGACCGAAGUAUACUUAUCACACUUAAGACUGAAUGGUUAAUCUUCCUGUAUCUCGUCAUGUUAUUUGCUGGUUUCAAUUUCAUGGCCCAUGGGACUCAAGAUUUAUAUUCCACUCUUUUAACCAAACAAUUCGGUGUUCCUUUAAAUAAGAAAACGUUGAUUAUUGUCAUCAGUAACAUUGCAUCAUUUUUUGGAGGUAUUACCGGGGGCUCUGCUUCUGAGGUUUUUGGAAGAAGAUUAACUAUCAUAAUCUGUUUGAUUUGGAAUGGUGCUUUCCUUUACCCAGCUUUCCACAAUGCCGAUAAGAAUUGGUGGGCAUAUGUUUUGGUAAUCUUUGGUGGUAGUGGUGCUUGGGGUAGUGCCGCAAUCCAUCUUUUAGAAUUAGUGAAUUCAACUCAUAGAACCUUAUUGGCUGGUUUAGCCUAUCAGUUAGGGAAUUUAAUCUCCUCUGCUUCUAUGACCAUUGAAGCAAAAAUUGGAGAAAGUUUCCAAAUCGAAGGUGCUGCACCAGGUGUAUUUGAUUAUGGUUUAGUUAUGUGCAUUUUUUCUGGAGCAGUCCUUACGUAUAUGUUCAUAUGUGUUUUCCUUGGCCCAGAAAGAUUCCAUAAGGAAAUUAGAGUUCUUGAGGAUGUGCAUGAGCUUGAAGAUGACGAGGAAAGAGCGGUUGACAUGAGAGAAAAGAAGCCAAACGUGUAA